AUGUGCAUCCAGAUUUUUAUUGUUAUGAAAGCGUCAGAACUACCACAGGAGAUUCUUACACACAUUGCUGAUAAUCUAUCGACAAAGGACAGGUUGUCUUGUGCUCUUACGUGCAAGGGAUGGAGAUAUUCGUUUCAAAGAACUCUGUGGAAAACCGUACAAGCUAAUACACUUAGACUCUUCAAAAACAUACUCGACACUAUUAGAUCCUCCCAGAAUUCAUCCAUACCAUACGGUAUCUGGGUUCACAGUCUAUGUAUGCAGAAUUUCAUCCUUAGUCCAUACCUCUCGGAUAUUCCUGUUAUCGAGCUAUUCAGAUGCCUACCAAACCUGAAGUGUCUGUACCUAGGUGAUAUAGGCUAUAAGAACAUCUACAGAGAGAUAGUGCCAGCGCCAAGCAUCUUGGAAUUUAUAAAUACAUGUAGUAUGCUCCAGAAACUAGAAAUAAUUGCGCCUAAAAAGGGUUACCGUAUCGAACUAAGCUUGGAUGACUUUGACAACUUGCAUCAAAACCUGAAAAGACUAUCGUUUAUCAAAGCUGCCGUCAACCUCAAUUUUGACUUUACGGCUACACUUAACACAAUCCCAAACACAGCUCCAGCUUACUCUGUCACGACUCUAGAUAUAGACACCAAUCAAUGGAACCCUUUGUGGCUAUAUUAUUUUUGCUACAAGUAUCCAAACUUGCGUUCCUUGAAGUUAGAUGUCUGGGAUACAAGUCACGAAGCGUUGAGUUUCGAUCAAAAGCAAAGGAUCAUAUCUCUUUUUCACUCCAACCCCAACGCACUCCAACAUCUGGAAACAUUCAAAAUCAUAAGCAAUAUACAUUUCGAGCCAUCUGAUCUUGUUUU